GCAUUGGUCCGCCGUCUCACUGUACUGAAUUUCAAGAAUCAUGGCCUACUGCCAGCCAGGUCCGAAGGCGCUAGUCUGGGGAGACUGGAGCAGGUCUCUACUGUUGCUGGAUUUGUGCGACUCGGUGAAGGAUGAUGCCCUGAGGGUGAUCCCCGCCUUUAACAUUCCACACACCAACCUCCACGCACCAAUCGCCGGAAUCUCCAACCCGCGGUCCGCGUGGGCUUUCUACCCUGCACCGCUGCAGCCGCUGCCACGGGAAGGGGCGCGCUCCCAGCGGCCCAAGCUGGGAGCCAAGCUCUAACGGGUGUGGCGGGAAGUGUGGUGACCCGCCUGCCGCUGCCACGACGCUCGCUCCACUGACGCCCGGAGCUGUGGCCGAGGCCGGGGGGAUUUUGGUGGCAAAGCGAAGGUCCCGCUGAGGCUGGCGAGGCGCGCCACUGGCUGCUGGGAAACAGAUCAAGACGGUCGCCUGGUGCGCUGGAUCUCUGUGCACUUUCCCUGAAACCCAGCCUGGCCUGACUGCAACCUCUCCCAACUUCAGUGCCCGAUCCCCUAGACAAUCAGGGUGGGCUCCCCGCUGCGAGCGCGCCCCACAGCCGGGUGCCGCCAAAGGUCUCCUGCUGUUAGCGGUGACUCACAUUCCCAGUGAUUUAGAAAAACUGUGGUGCCGAGUGAACGAAAAAAAAAGCAAACACUCUUAGACAAAAGAAAAAGCUCCACUCUUUCCGUGAGCGGGCAAAAAGGUUCGGUUCAGCAAGUGAUGCUUUUUCAGUGAAUCAGACGCUCUCAGGCUCUGCAAGGAAACGCACGGACUGGGAGAAGGAAAUGGGAGCCUAGAGUUUUGCUCUCGGCAAAACAAGAACUCGGCAUGUCCUUCCAGGCCGGCGGUUUCCGUACAGCAAGACAAGGCGCGGAAAACAUUUUUACCAUCUGACGCUAUAAUCUGUCCUUUAGAAGAGCAUAGGUGAAAAGUUUAAUAAAGAAAUUAAGCGAUGUGGAAGUCAUUCUCGCUGCUUGCAGAGGGCGGGGAGGCGGGCCUGGGCAAUUUCGGAACUAGGAGAGACCACGUCGGCACCGCCUGUGGUCCCGGGCAAGGGCCAUGGAUUUCCCAUUUCUCAGAUCCCAGCUGCCCGACUUCAUUCUUGUUUCUUUCAGUCCAACUCAUCCUCCCUUCUCCCUCCCUCCACGUCUCUUGGCACUGCUCUGCCCGCGUCCACUGCGAGGGAGGUGACCUAAAACCCAUGGGCCCGUCUCUGCGUUCUCUGCGCUCUGGCCCAGUUCUGGGAGGACCUCCCGACGCCGCGGGAGAAGGCUGCAAGGGCUCGAGGCCCCCGACGCGGCCUGGGUCUCGGGGGACACAUGAACCCGCCACCUCUGGCCAGCUUCCUUUUAGUGCCCCAAAUAGGACCACUUAGCCCGUUGCUUCCCCCCGACUCUCUUGUUUUUCAAAGUGUUCACAGGGUCGCGAGAGCGAGCGACGCGGGGGCGGCGAAGCUGCAAGACUGCAAGGCUGCACAGGAACAGACGACAAGAAAUAGGGCUUUCUUCUGCGUGGUUCUUUUCCGGUCCCUAUCUGAGUUGCCCGACCCCGCGGGGAGCGCGGCGCAUUGCGGCGUUCGGCUACCUUCAGGCUCUCAGCCCGCGCAGCAGGUCGCGUUGCUUUUCCCCAGUUGCGGCGCGGGACGGCCGAAGAGCAAAGUUCGUCCGCGGUAGGAACUUCGAGGACCCGUUAGGACAGAUCUCCGGCCUCCGAGUCUACUUAGCCGUGUCCACGCAGGUGCCUUUUCCCUCUUGCAGCGAAAUAACUGGGCGGGGCCCGACGCGCGUACUCCAGCGACUCCGGGAACCCAAGGCCUCUUUCACCUCGCUCAGAAUUCACCCGAAAAUGCGCUGAGACUUUGGCCUGGGGUUGUGGUGUGUCCCACUGACAUUACAGAAGCGCUUAUGAAUUUAAAAACUGAUCCAGGUGGCCGGACGGCGGGACAGCGCCUCCUCACUUGCUCCUCUACGACAAGGCCCCUUCCUUCUCCCCGCCGGCUGCGCUGGUGG